UGUACAUCCCCCAUACGUCACGGCUCUUUUCAGAUCAUAGGCCGAAAAGGCCUCAGUCUGUCUCAGUCCUCUACUUAAGGUACUCUUCUCUCUCUCCUUCCACAUCAACUUCUACAUUUUACUUUCGCUCUCUUCCUUUGGUACUGAAGAAAAAGCAAGAGAUGGGUUUUUCAAGGAAAGAGUACGAGUUCUUGAGCGAGAUCGGAUUGAGUGCUGGCAAUUUGGGAUGUUUUGUGAAUGGCACCUGGAAAGGAAGUGGCCCUGUGGUUUCUACUCUUAAUCCUGCCCAUAAUCAGAAAAUUGCCGAAGUUAGUGAGGCUUCCAUCCAAGACUAUGAGGAAGGGAUGCAAGCUUGCAGUGAAGCAGCAAAGAUUUGGAUGCAGGUUCCAGCCCCUAAGAGAGGUGACAUAGUUCGACAAAUAGGUGAUGCAUUGAGAUCCAAACUACAGCAGCUUGGCCGCCUUGUUUCUCUUGAGAUGGGAAAAAUUCUUCCCGAAGGAAUUGGGGAAGUUCAAGAAAUCAUUGACAUGUGUGACUUUGCUGUGGGUUUAAGCAGGCAAUUGAAUGGGUCUGUAAUACCUUCAGAACGUCCAAAUCAUAUGAUGUUGGAGAUGUGGAAUCCCCUUGGAAUUGUUGGUGUAAUUACGGCAUUUAAUUUCCCAUGUGCUGUUCUUGGAUGGAAUGCCUGCAUUGCACUGGUGUGUGGAAACUGUGUUGUUUGGAAAGGUGCUCCAACCACUCCUCUGGUUACAAUAGCAACAACAAAAUUAGUGGCUGAAGUUUUGGAAAAGAAUAACUUACCUGGUGCAAUUUUCACAUCAUUUUGUGGUGGUGCUGAAAUUGGGGAAGCAAUUGCAAAAGAUCGACGCAUUAAUCUAGUUUCAUUUACAGGGAGUUCGAAGGUGGGUGUAAAAGUACAACAAACAGUAAAUGAGAGGUUUGGUAAAUGCUUGCUUGAACUAAGUGGAAACAAUGCAAUAAUUGUCAUGGAUGAUGCCGACAUAAAAUUAGCUGUUCGGUCUGUACUAUUUGCUGCUGUUGGUACUGCUGGUCAGCGCUGUACCACAUGUCGUAGACUGCUUCUUCAUGAAAGUAUAUAUCGGACUGUAGUUGACCAGCUACUUGAUGUGUACAAACAAGUUAAGAUAGGGGACCCAUUAGAAAAGGGUACCUUGCUUGGGCCAUUGCACACUUCUUCUUCAAGGAAGAACUUUGAGAAAGGAAUAGAGAUAAUUAAGUCACAGGGGGGAAAGAUUCUUACUGGUGGCGGUAUAAUAGAGUCUGAGGGGAACUUUGUGCAGCCCACAAUUGUUGAGAUUUCUCCAGAUGCCAAUGUUGUUAAAGAAGAGCUGUUUGCACCAGUUCUUUAUGUCAUGAAAUUUAAGACUUUGAAAGAAGCAAUUGAAAUAAACAACUCUGUUCCUCAAGGAUUGAGCAGUUCCAUCUUCACUAGUAAACCUGAAUUCAUUUUCAAAUGGAUUGGUCCACAAGGAAGUGACACUGGUAUUGUCAAUGUGAACAUACCAACCAAUGGGGCUGAAAUAGGUGGUGCUUUUGGUGGUGAAAAGGCCACAGGAGGAGGCCGUGAAGCUGGCAGUGAUUCUUGGAAACAAUACAUGCGACGGUCAACCUGCACAAUAAACUACGGGAGUGAGUUACCGCUGGCACAAGGAAUCAAUUUCGGCUAGGAAUGCAGACAUGGGUGAGGCCUAAGGAAGCAAAUUUGCAUUCCUGCAAAAUCAACUCCCAGACCUUUUAUGCUCUACAUAUAGACUGGGAUUUGGUUCACAUAAUUGUCGCUGAAAACCAUUAAUAGUAACAUAAUAAUGAAAAGAGGCAUAAUGAAGAAAUCAAUGAUUCCUAAAACACACUUGCUACGAAAAUCAGGUGUAGUGUGUGUGCUGUAAUAAUUCUUAUAAUAGAAGCACAUUAUUGAUCUUGUGUCAUGGGUUCUAGUCCCGUGACACUUGCAUCUUCUUUGGCUUUUUGGCAUCUUAUUCCGAAGCUUCUCUUGUUUUAAUAUCAAUUCUACGUUUAUUUUA